CUAGCAUUUUCCGUUGAUUCUCCGACCCACCCGCAUUCGGCAUCGUGCGGGAAAACGGCUGCCCAACAAGGUGAAAAAAAUUGACGUCGCCAUUAUCGACGCUCGGCCGUUCGGCCGUGGAUUGCGAUUCCCCUGGUGCGUUUUUAUUUGGCCUUUCUCCGUGCGGUGCCGGUUUGGGGGACGGAUUAUCGCGUAAUAGGUCGUUGAUUGCAAAACGAGCAAAUCCUCACCUUUCACGAAUCGAAACGCAGGAUAUCUCGGCGCAAGGAUGGUUGCUUCGCGGUACGUCAUCAAGAGUGCAUUGCUUGCUGCGCUCGUUGCUACGCUGUGCAGUACGGUCGCCGUCGUGUCGGCCGUUCCCGCAGCCGGAGAAGCAGCCGCUCCACCAGCAUCAGCAGGUGGUUCUAUUCACGCCAACGACAAUCCGACAGCAGCGCCGGUCACUGAAUCUACUAUUGCGGAUAACACUACAACGCCUGCGACGACGACGACGACGACAACAACAGCAGCAACUACGACAACAACGGAAAGCACCAACACGACCACUACCACGCCGGUGACUCCCCCGACGACUACCUCUACGACUAUCGCUCCAAACACCACCACGACGACUGUGGCUCCACCGACUCCGGCUCCGUCGCCUAACACAACAACUCCAGCACCGAUCACCACGUCGACGGUGGCUCCAACUACGCCGGUACCGACCACACCGGCCCCAACGCCGGUGCCGCACUGCAAGCGCUUCGACGGUUACUCGUUCGUCGGGGGCAUGAUCCUAGCGUACGGCUCCCUCGCCAUUUCGCUCGUCCUCUAUAAGUUCUACAAAACGCACUUUCCAACGAACGCGGAGACCAGCGGUCCUUAUCGCACCCUGUAAGCUGCCUGGUGUGUGUAAACGAUGCCGGGUUCUCCGUCCCUCCAAAAAUCCGGUAUCUUUUCUCCCCCUUUCUUUCCGCCCAGUAAAGCAUACGCAUCUUAACGACACCGGAGAACACGUCACUCGGAGUCCUCGGUUGUCGGAUGCAUGAUCCUCCAUCCCGCGGUGUACUGCCGGGAUGGGUUGGUUUUUGCUUUUUGCGUUUUAAUCGAAAAAAAAUCGAAUUUCAUUUGUAAAAUCCUCCGCCUCUCCCAUCAAAAGUCAUGAUUAUUCGGCUAGGGAAGCAGUGCUCAGGAGGUAAUGAGAAGUUGAGGAAAAAACGAGGAUAGGAUUUUGAAGGAGAAGAGCACUAGCUGUAGUAGGUAUAUUAGUUCCGCGGUACUCCUAUGCGUAUCAUUCCGUUUCUCCCCAACUCGUCCCCACACUAUGUUGCCAUUUACCCAGUGCAGCAUUAACUAUUAUAUCCCUUCAAUAAUAAGAACGCGAACAUGAAGUACCAAAGUGCCAGACAACAUUAGAAAACCGAACAUACCCGGCGGAUCGCAGGCAAGACAGCAGCAGCAACAGACAGGCGACAGGCGUGAGAUAGUAGGGUGGUUGUUGCGGUUGCGUCAAUUCAGACGGCAUCUCCCUUCCGGAGUGCCAAUUUUUGUUUUUCAAAGUCUCUCCGCCGUGGGAUCAUUCACUUGCAGGCGCAUUUUCUGUUUUAAUUUGCAUUUUCUCUUUUAUUUUUUUGUGUCCUCUAUCCCAGCACGCGCAUGGACACGCAGAGGAAGCAGAAGGUGCGUUUUGGGUUCCGAUAUAUACAGAGAAUCCUUAACAUAUAUAAGUGAUACGUGGUGAUAGCGACAUAAUAUCAGACGGAAGAAGAGGGAACGCUAGAGCGCGGAGAUGUAAGAGGGCGAGAGAGAAAUCCCUUGUUUCUGUCCAAAAUUUUAUACCAAAACUAUCUUCUUACUGUACGUGAAAGCAUUAUACAUUACACCUAAUCGCUUAUACGCUACACUUACACUCUCUCGAACACUUACUCACACACACGCACACACAAACACACAGACCGUGAACUGCAACGUAUCCCCGGUUCGAUAGUUAUAUCCCUUCAAAACCCGACGCUAUCCUGUGUUGAGCAGCGACUAUGUGUGUUGGGCGAGAAUAGCGGAUAAAUAAAAGAAUUCAAAUACCAUCUCUCUUAUCUAUUAUAUAUGGACACACACGUACAGACACACACAGGCACACAUACACAUAAACAACACAGGGAUCGACCAGGAACGGUCGGAACUGGUGGUUGCUGUGUUGAAGUGCGUAUCCUUCAUUCACAAUCGACCCUAUCAUUACUCUGUUCUGGCCUUCGCACAUCUGGAGGGUGUGAAACCACUGCACGAAUGCACGUACAGAUAGGAGAGGAUACGGCGGGAGGUGCAAGAUAAUAGUGCUCUAAGCUAAGCUGUUAAUGUAAAAAGGCAAACCCCAGAUUGAUGAAUUCUUUAAAUUGAAAUGUGUAUUUGAAAAUAAAAAGGCUGAGUAUAACGAUAUAUAUCAUUACGAUGGAUGCGCCCACUCUCUCUCUCUCUCUGUCUAUCUCUAUAUCUCUAUCCUCCGCCAUGAGUAAGGGAACACCGCGGCAAACCAGUGCCGGUGGAUACGUCCUCUACCGAAAGUGCUCUUAAGAUGCUAUAGUGUCAUAGUUUGAGAAGAUCGAUUGCGAUUUCAUUUCAAAUAUCAAAUGCCUUCAUCUUAUGCACCGAGAUCAAUUUACGAGAUAACAGCGAUACCGUUCGAUUCGUGUAACUCUUUGAUAGACGUUAUCAACCGGGACAAUUCGGUGGUAGGCAUUUUCUGCUUCCCAGAACAACAGGGAGGUUUUUGGUUCGGCUAAACCGUAGAUCGGGUGCAUAGGAUGACCAGCAUAGCAUAAAAACGCGAUCGGAACCAGAUAAUAACGUUCAGAAUGAGUUAUUCGACUUUGUAAGAAAAAAAAAUGAAUCUCAUACCUUUAUUGUUGAACUUAUUCUGGAAAUUGUGCAAAAGGCUUAAACAAACACGUGUCUAAAGUCAACCUGCGAAUGGCAACCCAAAAACGACCUAUUUAAGAUUCGCAGAAAUUACCGCGCUGUCUAUAGCAUAUCCAGUGUCAUCUAUGUAACUGAACAAUCCUUGGGUUGGGUGUCGGUGUGUUCUGUAUCUGCCGAGUAACUGUAAUUUUUAUGAUUUAUGCAGUUUGUCAUUGUACCAAAAAACUAUACUUACAUUCAGAAAUACAUACUACAAUCCGUCGCAAAGUUA